AUGAGCGGAAGCAUCCUCCCUCCGGGUGGGCUUCCCAACCCCCUGCUCUGCGCCCCCUCGCGGAGUGCUGUGUCCCCGCCCCGCGUCCCCGGGGCCCUGCCCUGGCCCCGGCCUCGGCUCCUGCUGCUGCUGCUGCUCCUCCCGCCCCCCUCCGCCCUCUCUGCCGUCUUCACAGUGGGGGUGCUCGGCCCCUGGACCUGCGACCCCAUCUUCGCCCGCUCCCGCCCGGACCUGGCCGCCCGCCUGGCCGCCGCCCGCCUGAAUCGCGACCCGGCCCUGGAAGGCAGCCCCCGCUUCGAUGUCGCGCUGCUGCCCGAGCCGUGCCGGACGCCGGGCUCCCUGGGGGCGGUGUCCUCCGCUCUGGGGCGCGUCUCGGGCCUCGUGGGGCCGGUGAACCCCGCAGCCUGCAGGCCGGCGGAGCUCCUAGCCCAAGAGGCGGGGGUGGCGCUGGCACCCUGGGGCUGCCCGGGGGCGCGGGCGGCAGGCACGACGGCCCCCGCCGGGACGCCUGCAGCGGACGCCCUCUACGCUCUCCUCCGCGCCUUCCGCUGGGCGCGCGUGGCCCUGGUCACCGCGCCCCAGGACCUGUGGGUGGAGGCGGGACGCGCUCUGUCCACCGCGCUCAGGGCCCGGGGUCUGCCUGUGGCCCUGGUGACCACCAUGGAACCCUCGGACGUGUCUGGAGCCCGGGAGGCCCUGAGGAGGGUCCGGGACGGGCCCAGAGUCAGCGCGGUGAUCAUGGUGAUGCACUCGGUGUUGCUCGGCGGCGAGGAGCAGCGCUGCUUACUGCAGGCUGCAGAAGAGCUGGGCUUGGCCGAUGGCUCCCUGGUCUUCCUGCCCUUCGACACUCUCCACUACGCCUUGUCCCCAGGCCCAGAGGCCUUGGCCGUGCUCGCCAACAGCUCACAGCUUCGUAGGGCCCACGAUGCGGUGCUCACCCUCACGCGUCGCUGUCCCCUGGGAGGCAGCGUGAUGGACAGCCUGCGCAGGGCGCAGGAGCACCAGGAGCUGCCCUCUGACCUCAAUCUGGAGCAGGUGUCCCCACUCUUCGGUACCAUCUACGACGCGGUCUUCCUGCUGGCGGGGGGCGUGGCGCGGGCGCGGGCGGCCGCAGGGGGCGGCUGGGUGUCCGGAGCCGCAGUGGCCCGCCACAUGCAGGAUACCCGGGUGCCCGGCUUCUGCGGGGCCCUGGGAGGAGGCGAGGAGCCUGCCUUCGUGCUGCUGGACACGGAUGCGGCCGGGGACCGGCUCUUCGCCACAUACGUGCUGGACCCCACCCGGGGCUCCCUCCGCUCGGCUGGGACCCCGGUGCAUUUCCCUAGAGGGGGAGGAGCCCCCGGGCCCGACCCCUCAUGCUGGUUCGAGCCACACGUCAUCUGCAACGGAGGAGUGGAGCCCAGCCUCAUCUUUAUCGGCUUCCUCCUGGUGGUCGGGAUGGGGCUGAUGGGGGCCUUCCUGGCCCACUAUGUGAGGCACCGGCUACUUCACAUCCAGAUGGUCUCUGGUCCCAACAAGAUCAUCCUGACUCUGGACGAUAUCACCUUUCUCCACCCGCACGGGGGCAGCACGCGCAAGGUGGCCCAGGGGAGCCGAUCGAGUCUGGCCGCCCGUAGCACAUCGGACAUCCGCAGUGUCCCCAGCCAGCCCUCGGACAGCUCCAACAUUGGCAUCUAUGAGGGAGACUGGGUUUGGCUGAAGAAAUUCCCUGGGGAUCAGCACGUUGCUAUCCGUCCAGCCACCAAAACAGCCUUCUCCAAGCUCCUGGAGCUCCGGCACGAGAACGUGGCCCUCUACCUGGGGCUCUUCCUGGGCACAGGAGCCGGUGGCUCAGCGGCCGCCGGGGAAGGCACGCUGGCUGUGGUCUCGGAGCACUGCACCCGGGGCUCCCUCCACGACCUCCUCGCCCAGAGAGACAUCAAGCUGGACUGGAUGUUCAAGUCCUCCCUCCUGCUGGACCUCAUCAAGGGAAUGAGGUAUCUGCACCAUCGAGGUGUGGCCCACGGGCGACUUAAGUCACGGAACUGCGUGGUGGACGGGAGGUUCGUGCUCAAAGUGACAGACCACGGCCAGGGGCGACUGCUGGAAGCGCAGCGGGUGUUAGCGGAACCUCCCAGCGCCGAGGACCAGCUGUGGACAGCUCCAGAGCUGCUUCGGGACCCGGCCCUGGAGCGCAGGGGAACACUGGCCGGUGACGUCUUCAGCCUGGGCAUCAUCAUGCAGGAGGUCGUGUGUCGCAGCACGCCCUACGCCAUGCUGGAACUGACUGCCGAGGAAGUGGUGCAGAAGGUGAGGAGUCCCCCUCCGCUGUGCCGGCCCUCUGUGUCAGCGGACCAGGCACCCAUAGAGUGCAUCCAGCUGAUGAAACAGUGCUGGGCUGAGCAGCCAGAACUCCGGCCCUCCUUGGACCGCACCUUCGAGCAGUUCAAAAGCAUCAACAAAGGCCGGAAAACCAACAUCAUCGACUCAAUGCUGCGGAUGCUGGAGCAGUAUUCCAGCAACCUGGAGGACCUGAUCCGUGAGCGCACGGAGGAGCUGGAGCUGGAGAAGCAGAAGACAGACCGGCUGCUCACGCAGAUGCUGCCGCCUUCUGUGGCCGAGGCCCUGAAGAUGGGGACACCUGUGGAGCCCGAGUACUUUGAGGAGGUGACACUGUAUUUCAGCGACAUCGUGGGCUUCACCACCAUCUCGGCCAUGAGCGAGCCCAUCGAGGUGGUGGAUCUGCUCAACGACCUCUACACGCUCUUCGACGCCAUCAUCGGCUCCCACGACGUUUACAAGGUGGAGACAAUUGGGGACGCCUACAUGGUGGCCUCAGGGCUGCCCCAGCGGAACGGGCAGCGGCACGCAGCCGAGAUUGCCAACAUGGCUCUUGACAUCCUCAGCGCUGUGGGAUCCUUCCGAAUGCGCCACAUGCCCGAAGUGCCCGUUCGCAUCCGCAUCGGCCUGCACUCAGGCCCGUGCGUGGCGGGCGUGGUGGGCCUCACCAUGCCGCGGUACUGCCUGUUUGGGGACACGGUCAACACCGCCUCGCGCAUGGAGUCCACAGGCCUGCCUUAUCGUAUCCACGUGAACAUGAGCACUGUGCGCAUUCUUCGCGCUCUGGACCAGGGCUUCCAGACCGAGGUGCGAGGCCGCACGGAGCUGAAGGGCAAGGGCGCUGAAGACACGUACUGGCUGGUGGGCAGACAGGGCUUCAACAAGCCCAUCCCAAAACCGCCCGACCUGCAGCCUGGGGCAAGCAAUCACGGCAUCAGUCUGCAGGAGAUCCCCCUCGAGCGGCGCCAGAAGCUGGAGAAGGCCAGACCAGGCCAGUUCUCCGGAAAAUGA